AUGACGGGCCCACCUCAUGGUUUCGUGGUGGAAAGCUCAUUGCAACUGCAUGGAACCGCAGCCAUCACUUUGAAGCAACUUCCCAUGGCUGCCAACACCUUGAAGCCGCCUCCGAGCACCUUGCAGCCACCUCUAGCUGUUGUUCGCACGUUCCAGCACCUCGCAGCCACCUCCUGGAGCCCUGCAAAUGCUGCAAACAGCUGCUGGAAUUUCAGAACAGCCACUGCAAACAGCUGUUGGAAUUGCAGAACAGCUGUCACACUCUUUCUUUCUGUCAUACAAGGCUCCGGCCACCACACACGACUUCGGCCACCCGGUUCUCACCAUAAAGAAAUCUCCGUACCUUUUGUUAGCUAUUGUUUUCCUACAAACACUUGA